AUGGUUCAGUUUGCAAUUGGGUUCCUAAUUGGGUCAGAAUGUGACCUGGCUGUUAUUGAAGCAGCUCUGAUUGCCCCCCUUGUCAAUCUUCUUCAAAAUGCCGAGUUUGACAUUAAAAAGGAAGCUGCUUGGGCAAUCUCAAAUGCUACAUCGGGUGGAACUCAUGAUCAGAUCAAGUACUUGGUUGGCCAGGGUUGCAUAAAGCCUCUCUGUGAUCUGCUUGUUUGCCCGGACCCAAGGAUUGUCACUGUCUGUUUAGAAGGUCUAGAGAAUAUUCUCAAGGUUGGAGAAGCUGAGAAGAGCCUAGGUAAUACUGGAGAUGUCAACUUGUAUGCACAGAUGAUAGAUGAUGCGGAGGGAUUGGAGAAGAUUGAAAACCUGCAGAGUCAUGACAACAAUGAAAUAUACGAAAAGGCUGUUAAAAUUCUAGAAACAUACUGGUUGGAAGACGAGGAUGAGACAUUACCUUCAGGAGAUGGUGCUCAAGCUGGUUUCAAUUUUGGGAGCAACGAGCUUCCAGUUCCAUCUGGGGGAUUCAACUUUAGCUGA